GUCGCAGCCUCGCGAACCCCUCCGUCACCCCCAUUUUUAGCAUUCCUCCUCUCUCUCUCUUUCCUGUCUCUUCUUUUUCGUCUCCCAGCAGUCUUUCUGAAGUUCUGUUAGGGUUGGGUUUUGGAGAGGGCGGAGGAGAUGGGAAGGGGAAGGGUACAACUGAAGCGGAUCGAGAAUAAGAUAAAUCGUCAGGUGACGUUUUCGAAGAGGCGGUCAGGGUUGCUUAAGAAGGCACACGAGAUAUCGGUUCUCUGCGAUGCUGAGUUAGCCCUCAUCAUCUUCUCCAGCAGGGGAAAGCUCUACGAGUACUCCACGGACAACUGCAUUGAGAGGAUUAUUGAGCGUUACGAGAGAUACAGCUAUGCUGAAAAAGCUCAUUUGAUGAAUGAUUCCGAGCCCCAGGAUGACUUGUGUCAAGAUUAUGGAUAUCUUAAGGGUAAAGUUGAUGCCUUACAGAGAAGCCGAAGCCAUCUCAUGGGUGAGAAGCUUGACAAUUUAAGCAUAAAAGAGCUUCAACAACUGGAGCAUCAACUGGAAACUGCUUUGAAACAUAUAAGGUCCCAAACGAAUCAACAACUACUUCAUUCCAUAGAUGUGCUUCAAAGAAAGGAAAAGUCACUGCUGGAGCAAAAGAUUGUUCUUGAGAAAAAGGUCAUUGAGAGUGAGAAUUCCAUAAAGAUGUUGCAACAAAUGCAAGCGAGUGAGCUUAGCCAUGCCGAAGCCAGCCACUCAUCGCCACCAACUUUGGAGGCAACAAACUCCCUUCCCACCAUGAACAUUGGGACAGUGGACAUACGUGGCCUGCAGUGUUGUUGGCCAAGAUGAGCCACUUUUGUUCGGAUGAAAAUUGUCCGCCUGCCUCUGUGGAAGAUUUUUGCCUUCAAAUAAACAUAAUAUAACCCAUACUUUGUUUGGUGUAUGGGGCCUAAAAUAAGGGCUCGAGUACAAAGACAUGUUAUAUUGUGCUAAUUGCUCGUGUAAAUGUUCUGAUGCAUGUUCACGAAUAAAAUGGCAAGCUCUUUGCCUCUCGUGGGUAUUUAAAACCCAAGAGAUCUUUAGGAGUUCUUAUAGUUUCUUAAUUUAGGACUUUUAAUUUUUAUAGAAUAAAAUUAGAUUAUUUAUUUUGAUUUUUC